AUGUCAGUAGCGCCGGGCCCAGCAUUGAAGAAGAAAAUUAGAGUUACUGUUGUGGCCGCGGACGGUCUUUCAAAGCGCGAUGUUUUCCGCCUUCCAGAUCCGUUUGCAGUGAUCACUGUCGAUGCUGAACAAACUCACACGACCAGUGUCAUCAAGAAAACACUCAACCCUUACUGGAACGAGAGCUUCGAUAUCACGGUUCAGGACUCCUCAGUCAUCGCCGUACAAAUCUUCGAUCAAAGGAAGUUCAAACGUCGCGAUCAAGGAUUCCUAGGUGUGGUGAAUGUAAAGGUUACGGAUGUUUUGGAUCUGCAAUUGGGCGGUCAUGAGAUGCUCACGUUGGACCUCAAAAAGUCCAACGAUAACCUGGUGGUUCACGGGAAACUCAUCAUCUAUCUCUCCACCAAUGUUACGCAACCCAUCUCGAACCCGGGCCCUUCUCAAAGCAGCUCGCUUGCCACUGCCUUCGCUGACAUGGGCUUGAACGCGACUCCCGGUUCCCCUACUUCCAGUCAUGCUAAUCUGACUCCCUCAACGUCCACAACGGCCGCUCUUUCCCGAACCCCAUCUUCCCACGCCACAGGUCUUGACACUGGAAAUAGUGCCCAUAUCACGAUGCCCACACCUAGCCUUCCUGUUGUCACUCCUGGACAAGAGGAUCCUCAGCAGCAGCAGCAACCAAAUCCGUCGACGAGCCCCGGCUCGCGCCCCGUCAGCGCGACUAGCCCUGUCGUUGGCGCCGGUUCAUCCGCCCCUCAAGCACAACCUUCUCCCGCAAGCCAAUCAGGCACCCCUCAAAUGCGUAACUUCAAUCCAAAUGUAGAUCAAUAUGGUCCAUUACCUGGCGGCUGGGAACGUCGCAUUGAUCCUUUGGGCCGAACCUACUAUGUCGAUCACAACACUCGCAGCACGACUUGGAACCGUCCUUCAGCCAACCCAGCCGUUAACACCAGCACUCAAGAUAGCGAGACGAAUGCAGCCAGAGACCAACACUCCAGGCGAAUUCUGGCUGAUGACCUGCUGGAAGCUAAUAACGCCAAUAACGCUCGUAGCCAGUCGGGCACACCUGCGCCCCCAGGUCAAGCAAUUGGGCCUGGUGCUAUCGCUGCUGGAAACAAUGCUACGACUGCUGGCUCUGGACCUCUCCCGAAUGGAUGGGAAGAGCGCUAUACGCCUGAGGGACGCCCCUACUAUGUGGAUCACAAUACACGGACUACCACCUGGGUGGACCCGCGACGCCAGACUGUUAUACGAGUCAUGGGGCCCAAUGGACAAGGCGCUGCUUUACAGCCACAGAUAUCACAACUCGGUCCUCUGCCCUCGGGCUGGGAAAUGCGUCUCACUUCCACCGCCCGUGUCUACUUCGUUGAUCACAACACAAAGACCACGACAUGGGAUGAUCCUCGCCUCCCAUCCUCCCUGGACUCCAAUGUUCCUCAGUAUAAGCGUGACUUCCGUCGCAAGCUCAUCUACUUCCGAAGUCAGCCCGCAAUGCGUGCGCAACCUGGUAACUGUCAAAUCAAGAUCAGACGCAAUCACAUUUUCGAGGACAGUUAUGCUGAGAUUAUGAGACAAACACCCAACGAUCUCAAGAAACGACUGAUGAUCAAGUUCGACGGAGAGGAUGGUCUAGAUUACGGUGGUCUCUCAAGAGAAUUCUUCUUCCUGCUUUCGCAUGAAAUGUUCAAUCCUUUCUACUGCCUAUUCGAAUAUUCCGCUCACGACAAUUAUACCCUACAAAUCAACCCAGCCUCGGGGGUCAACCCAGAGCAUCUCAACUACUUCAAGUUCAUUGGCCGCUGUCUUGGUCUCGGCAUCUUCCACCGUCGCUUCCUGGACGCUUAUUUCAUCGUCAGUUUCUACAAGAUGAUACUCAGGAAGAAAGUUACUCUUUCUGAUCUGGAGAGUGUCGAUGCUGAACUGCACCGAGGCUUGACGUGGAUGCUGGAGAACGAUAUCACCGAUGUUAUCGACGAGACAUUCACUGUUACUGAGGAACGAUUUGGUGAAAUGGUUACAAUCGAACUCAAGGCUGGAGGCGCAGACGUCCCUGUUACCCAGGAUAACAAGAAAGACUACGUUGACCACGUCGUGGAGUACCGAAUCUCCAAGCGUGUGAAGGAACAAUUCGAAGCAUUCAUGUCUGGUUUCAGCGAGUUGAUACCGCAGGAUCUCAUUACUGUCUUCGAUGAGCGCGAACUAGAACUGUUGAUCGGUGGCAUGUCCGAGAUUGAUGUUGAUGACUGGACGAAGUACACCGAUUACCGAGGUUACGAAAUGAAUGACGAAGUCAUCCAGUGGUUCUGGAAGUGUGUGCGCAGCUGGCCUCCAGAGCGAAAGUCUCGUUUGCUGCAGUUUGCUACCGGAACAUCCCGUAUCCCAGUCAAUGGAUUCAAGGAUCUGCAAGGAUCUGAUGGUCCCCGUCGUUUCACAAUUGAAAAGGCUGGCGAUCCUUCUCAAUUGCCCAAGAGUCAUACCUGCUUCAACCGCAUCGACCUUCCUCCGUAUAAAGACUAUGCGAGCUUGGAGCAGAAGUUGACACUUGCUGUUGAGGAAACCGUUGGCUUCGGUCAAGAAUAG